UCUCCUCCUAAUCUUCCCCUCACGUUGCCGCCGUUCUUUUCCCUCCGUCCAAGCCUGCACGCUCCGGCUCGCCUGCAACCACACUCCAACGACUUUGCUUGCGCCAACGAUCACGACGACGACUUGCGCGACGUUUUCCAACCCUCAACGGCGACCGUCGGCGACUCCACCGAAGCCCCGCGCCCCUCCUGCGUGACUAUCUUCAAUCGCGCCCUAAAUAGCCGGCUGGUGAAACGGCAGUGCACAUAUCUGUAGCGGUUUCACAGAGGCACAAAAAAGGAGGAUAUUGGCCCGCGGCGAACAAAGACGAGGACAAUCGGGUGACGCAAAUUGAAUGGUUGACGGAUCUUGACAACGCAUGCACACAAAGACGCAAGCGUGUUGAAGUUUCGCUGUAAUAAAUAGGCGGCCAAGGAAACAAGACGAGAACAAACUACCCAAGAAAAGUAAAAAAGCCACAACGGUCAAAACCACGCUGACGCCGAACAUACGAUUUUCACUCUGCGCUUGCAAGACCCUCGGGAGCUCCACGGCGCAGCAUCCACAUUCAGUCUCAAACCCACCCAAGAAAGACGAUUUGACUACCGGGCGAGUACAUCUCGGGAAUCUGCAACUCGCGUCAGACGUUCUCGGUCGCACGCGUCUUUGCUUCCAAGUGACAACUUCGCGCAUCGGCAAGCACUUCUGAGUCGGCGUAACCCGAGUUUUCCAAACGCCUCUCGCCUUGCCGUCUACACGGGCUGCGACCUAGUUUCUCCUAGGAGGCCUCUUCAGCCGCCUCUGCAUAUUCCACCAUGAAGGCCUUACGGCGAUCCAUCAAGGGUGAUAAGGACAAGCAGCCACAGAUAUCUAUAGCCCCCAAGUCUGCUGUCGCCAUUGUGCCGCCAAAGAAGGUCAUCCGCGCCCUCUACGACUAUGAAGCCCAAUCUACUCAAGAACUUAGCUUCUCACGCGGCGACUUCUUUCACGUGAUAGGGAGAGAGAAUGAUACAGAUUGGUACGAAGCAUGCAACCCUGCGCUUCCAGAUGCUCGCGGAUUGGUCCCGGUUGCCUUCUUCCAAGCCCUUGGUCGCACAGAAAGGGAUAGCGCUCAAUCCGACACGUCCGUCACACGCACGUCUGCGCCUGUGCCAUCAAAGAACCCAGACCAUGAUUCCGGAUACGCCGAGACAUCAGCUCCGGUCCCAUCGACCCCAGGGUUCAGCAACAGGGACUCCAAGUCAGGCAAGUCGGGUGCCAUGGUGUAUGGCAUAGUCAUGUACGACUUCCAGGCAGAGCGUGCAGACGAACUCCAAGCACAGGCGGGAGAGGCAAUUAUAGUUAUCGCCCAGUCAAACCCGGAAUGGUUUGUGGCGAAACCCAUUGGGAGGUUGGGGGGUCCAGGGUUGAUACCAGUUUCUUUCAUUGAGAUACGAGACAUGGCAUCCAACACUCCUGUACCUGAUCCGGAGGGAGCGGUACGGCGAGCUGGAAUUCCGAGGGUUGAGGAAUGGAAGAAGAUGGCCGCAGAGUACAAGAACAGCAGCAUCACUCUGGGCAAGUUUGAGGUUGGAGGCGCUCCCCAGCAGCAGGCCAUCGAGCAAGGCAUGGACCGCAUGAGUCUGCAGCCUACGGACAGUCGCUCGAGUCAAGGACAGCUCAAUGGCAAACUUCAACAGCAACAACAGCCUCAGCCGCAGCCGCAGCAGCAGCAGCAGCAGCAGCAGCCACAGCAGCCUGGAUACAACUCACAAAGAAACACCCAGCAGCAGGCCAUGCAACCUCAAAAUGCUUAUCCGACCCCCAAGCCUUCGACUCAACUAUACGCUCCUGUUCAAGCCAGCAUCCCGCGCUAUUGUUUUGCCGAGGAGAAGUAUUGGUUCGUCAUUGAGGCUAUUCUGGAAGAUGGGCGCAAGUACGAGCUCUCCAGAUACUACGAAGACUUUUACGACUUCCAGAUUGCGCUCCUGACCGAGUUCCCUGCGGAGGCGGGCAACACGGGAACGCAGAAGCGAACCCUUCCGUACAUGCCCGGCCCCGUUAACUACGUAACGGAUGCUAUCACUGAGGGUCGUUUGCACAAUCUCGAUGCUUAUGUCAAGAACCUGCUUGCACAGCCCACGUACAUAUCUCGGUGCAAUUUGGUGAAGCAGUUCUUUGCGCCCCGGGAAGGCGACUAUGAGAUGGACGCAAAUGGAGAAGAAGACGAGUAUCGCAUGUCGGGCGGGUCACAACAAUCUUCGCCGGAUUCGCCAAAUGGCGGAAUAUCGCAACAGUCGUCACGGAACAACUUGAGCUCGGGAGGCUACAACAACAACAACCUGGCCCCCAGCCAGCAACGAGGGCUUAGUGCUCAGCCCCCGAUGAUGCGUCAGGCUUCGUCACUGUCUCAGCCUUCCCAGGCUUCGCUUUCACCCGGCAUUCCACAGGCUGGUGCUUUCAUGAAAGUGAAACUAAGCUACAAUGGCGACUUGAUAGCCAUACGAGUCCCUUCGGAUAUCCAAUUCCGGGAGCUUUUUGACAAGAUCACCGAGCGGCUCAGGAUCCAGCCCGGUGAAGAGGUGCAGCUCUCAUACAAGGACGACAUAACCAACGGAAAGCUUGCCCUGAUGAACGACCAGGAUCUGAUAUACGCAAUGCAGCGAAACGAGAAGCUUUUGUUCUACGUUGAUCACAUAUAAAAGAUUCAUCACUUGCUUCCGCCAGCUCGAGACUGGGGGUCGCAUGUGGACGCCUUGCGGCGCUGUUCACCUCCCUACCUUAUCAUCUAUCUACCUAACAUUCCCGCCACUGAUACCCGUUGGAUCCAUUUUGGCCAACACCAUGUUUUCUACGGUCAUACGCCUCUGCCUUGUUGACGCUAUCUUGAUCGUCACAGCACAGGUAUUCAAAUUCUUUCGACAGAUGAGCGCAGGCUGCGGGAAUAUAAUCACCGUGGUCUCGAGCUCGAGCCUCUAGCAUUUUGAAUACGAUCUCCCAGAUUCUUAUCAUCUUGUUGGGAAACCUCCGGUAGCAUCUCGAGGCCAACACAACUUGGUCUUGCCCUCUCAUGACGGUACUUUCCCAGACCUCCACCAUGGAACGUUCUCCAGGGCAGUAGUCCUGCGAUGCCAUACCAUCACUACAACAUCCUGCCCAGCAACUGGUGGAGGGAAAACCAUGGGAACGGCCGCGAGUCUGAUCUCACCAAAGGCACUCCUCUCGACCUUUUCUUAUUUCUUUCCUCUUCUCUUCUGGAAAUAGGGGGCUAAUAUAUGGCCAAUCCAUCCAAUUAGGCGGCAUCGGCGUUAAUUUUGGACGAUUGCUUCAAUUUCUCUUUUCUUUUCUUUUGGCUUUCGUGAUGAUUGCUUGUUUGCUCGCGCUGCACAUGUGGCUCCAGAUUUUGAUUCCUGGGACAUUCUUGGUACGAUACCCGGGAAAGUCGCUUAUUCUUAGCUUAUCUCCCUCUUCUUCAUGCUAUUUUCUAGCUCUUUUUUUUUUUUUUUUUUUGGGGGGGGGGGG